AUGGCACUUUUACCAGAAUAUUACAAGGGUUUGAUCGGUAGGUUAUAUCCAUUGAUAUUACAUAUUGCGUCUAUGUCAAAAUUUUAAUUUGUUUGAAUAAAAUUGUAUUAUAAAGGUUUGCCAAAACGUGGACAAUCUCCGAUCGACUUGGACGACAAAAUAGUCCGUCCGAAACGAUAUCCGCCUCUUAUGUUAAAUGGUCAUUGGAUGAACGACGGAGAAGCCAUUUUAGGAAACGAUGGAAACGUCGCGACCGUAAUUCUUGGUGGAAAUAGAAUACAAUCCACAGUUUCAGGCGGUCCGCUAUUAAACGACGUCUAUGAAUAUUUUAUUUGUAACUUUCGUUGGGGCGAGGAGAAUUGUAAUGGCUCGGAACACACUAUAAACGGCACUUGGUUUUCUAUGGAAGCUCAGAUGGUACAUUGGAAUCGAAAGUACCCUUCGUUCGAUGACUGUUUAAAACACAAAGAUGGCAUUUGCAUAUUAUCCUUUUUAUUUUUAGUCCCAUCGGGAGAGUGCAUCGAGACUAAUCCACAAUUAGAGAAAAUUACUGAAAAUUUGAAAUACGUCGUAGACGCAGGAACGGAGAAAAAUAUUCCAGCGAAUUCCUUAUGCUGGAUACGAUGGGCGGUUCGUUGCGAACGUUAUUACAGUUACCAAGGAUCGUACAACGAAGGUUCAUGCGGUAUUCUUGGGUAUCCCGAAUGCGCUACUUGGAUUAUUUUUCCAUUGAUGAUUACGAUAAGUCCUUCCCAAAUCGAUGCUUUUCGAAUGCUGAAGGAUGAAAAAGGUAAUCCUAUAAAAAAUAACUGCAGGAAAAUUCAAUUGUUGCGCGGAAGAAGAAUAUUCUUGGGUAUAUCUUAA